AUGGCGGUGUUCGCCUUUCAACUCCAGAGACUCUGGACUCUGAUUACGCUGCUCAUCAUGCAGGCAGUCUUGGGAAAUCUGGUUCCAAACGUCACGGCCUCCUCGCUCCCUGGCUUGUCCUCCUACGUCGCGGGGCCGGGAUUCCCGACAUCGGCUUUCGGAUCAUACUAUGUCGCCCCAGCGCUGCCAACCCGGGAACCGCAGCCUGUCAUCUACGAUCCAGUGCUGGACAUCACGUUUCCCUACGAGCUGACAAACCCAGACAUCAUCCCCGAGAGCUCGGAUGAGGUGUUUUACCCCGUGCCAAAGGGAAACCUCAACUCGCAUCAGAAGCAUGCCUUGAUCGAGGAUGUCAAGACAAAUGUCUCUUCCAUCAUCAAGUCCGGGGUCUCGGAAACUCGCUGCUCAAAGUGCAAGAGGGCACUAGCAGCAGCCAAGCCGGCGGCCUUGUACGCCCCGCUUCUGGUGCCGGAUGCCUUGAUCAGCAUGUGCAAGACAUUCGGUUUCCGGUCUGAGGAAGCAUGCGAGGAGAAAUAUGCUCCACGGGCAUCUGGUGCUAUCUGGACGCAGGUCCUGGCUUAUGCUGAUCUCGAGGGUCUGGAUGGGCAGUAUAUCUGCCAUUUCCUGAAGAAUGACUUCUGCGAGCAGCCUCAGACUCAGGACUUGGAUACGUCCAAGUUGUUCCCUAAGCCUAAGCCAGCAUCUGUACAGGUGCCAAAGGCUAGUGGUGAGCGCGUCAAGGUCCUGCAUAUGUCGGACUUCCACCUUGAUGCGCGGUAUGCAGUCAGCGCGGAGGCCGAUUGUACGGGUGGAUUGUGCUGUCGUACGGACAAGCACCACAAUGGCUCAGAGGGUCAGGUUGUGCUUCCGGCCUCUGCUUAUGGGUCUUUCAGAUGCGACACUCCAUACGACCUGGGUCUGGCUGCUCUGCAGGCCGUGGGACCGUUGACCGGCACUGGGAAGGGCUGCAAACAAGAGUCUCUGGCCUGGACUCUCUACACUGGAGACCUGGUCUCCCACGAUCCCGAGUCCCAAAUGUCUCGUGAGUACGUGGAAUACACCGAGACGAGCGUUUUCCACAUGCUCAAGGAGUACCUCACCGGACCUGUCUUUGCGGCUUUGGGAAAUCAUGACUCCAGCCCGGAGAACAUUGAUGCCCCGCAUAGCCUUCCGGGACGUCUUGGGGAGCAAUUUUCUUGGAAUCAUCGGCAUCUGGCUGGCCUGUGGCAGCACGAGGGAUGGAUCAGCAACCAGACUGCGGAAGAAGCGCGGACGCAUUACGGCGGCUAUUCCAUCAAGACGCAUUUCGGGCUGCGUGUCAUUUCCUUCAACACGGACUUCUGGUAUAAAUCCAACAUCCUCAAUAUGAUCAACACGACCAACCCAGACAACUCGGGAAUCUUCUCCUGGAUGAUCGAGGAACUCCAGAAAGCCGAAGACACACACGAACGCGUCUGGCUCGUCGGCCACGUCCCCAGCGGCUGGGACGGCGGCAACCCAAUCCCAGAUCCCACCAACCUCUUCUACCAAAUCGUAGACCGCUACUCCCCACACGUCAUCGCAAACAUCUUCUUCGGCCACAACCACGAAGACCAAUUCAUGGUCUACUACGCCAACAACGGGACAAUCCAAAACGCAAACACCGCCCUAAUGACCGGCUGGAUCGGACCCAGCGUCACACCCCUGACAAAUAUGAACAGCGGCUUCCGCCUGUACGAGGUGGACACGGGAGACUUCAACGUCUACGAAGCAUACACUUUCUUCAGUAAUACCUCCGAAUACACGAGUCUCCGUGAUACCGGACCGACGUAUCGCUUCGAGUAUUCUACUCGUGAUACGUACGGUCCAGCUGCGGGGUGGGAUAAGGAUGCGCCGUUGAACGCGACGUUCUGGCAUCGUGUUACUGAGGCUAUGGAGAGGGAUAUUGGUCUUGUUACCCUCCAGACUCGCCUGCAGGGACGAUUGAGUGUUAAGAGUCCUGUUUGUGAUACGGUGGCUUGCCAGAAGGCGAAGAUUUGUUACAUGCGGAGUGGAAGCGUUGCUUUGGGUCGGCAGUGUCCUCAGGGCUAUGCUUCUGUCCAGAGCGCUUUCAAUCCGAAGUAG